GCCGAUUGAUGGGGAAAAACUUCUAAAUGGAUCCUCGAAUCCAAGCUAUUCUUGCACAGUACGAAGAGGAAGAGCAGAAGGAAGCACUAAAGUACAAACCUAAAACGCCAGAGCCACCGAAAAGCUUUGAACAAUGGUUAGAGAGAAGACCGACAGGGUUUCAGGAAUGGCCUGACUCGGUGGAAUUUGACAAGGAUUUUAGCGUUUCAGUUGCUUCUGUAGGAUUAGGAAGUUUAGAUGAUAUCAUUGAAGACCUUGGAAGUCAUGCACGUAUCCUUCUAUUAGUUUGUUAACCCGAAUCCUGAGCUUAGGUUUAUGUUCAGCCCUUCUCUACAACAUUAGUUAACUUAAUAUAGGGUGAAUUGCUGGAGACAAGAAAUUUACGGCGUGCAUAAGGAACAUAAGGCGUUGUUGAAGAACCUUUAAAUUAUGGAAUUACUCUUGUAUAUACUUGGGCUUGUUUGCCAAUUGCAAAUUUUCUAUUAUUAUGGAAAAUACAAUACAAAACAACAGAACUAAUGGCCGGCCACCUUGUUGUUUGUCCUUGUGGAUACAUUCACUUGUAUUUUAACCUCUAUGCAAUAGCCACGUCUCUAGAAUGGUUAUUAUCUGAAAGGUGGCCACUGUGGAAGGGUUCAAGUGUAUUUAAGGGGGGAAAGGGGAACAGCACAGGUACAAUUUUAAAUCUUACUUGUUAUUGAGUUCUGUGAUGUAGUGGCAAGAAAAGGCUCGUACUAAUCAGUGUUAAAGUUUGUUGCAGUUAAUUUUUUAUUUGAGUUAAUUUUCAUAUUUCUUUUGUUUCAAAUUCAUUAGCAUUUAUUACCAUACCCAAAAACAAUGGAAAAAUAGAAAGUAAGUGAGAUAAAAAAAUGAACUACAACAGUUUUGCAUGUAGAGGUGGGUACUGUAGCAGUGUCUAUGGAAGGGGUACAGGGGGCGUCUGUGGAGAGGGGGGGGGGGCUGGUCCCCACCUUAUUCAUAGGCCAAGCUAAGGCUUGCGUGGCUGAGAAAAAAACAAAUUUUUAGAGUGGGUCCACCCCUUUUAAAUCAGGUUCUGUGUAAGUGUACCCUUCCACCUGCUUGAGGGAUCUGCUUGGUAGGGAAGGUACACUGUGGCUAUGGUGUUAAGUUAAAGGAAUUUGUGAGUUGCUGGCAAAUUUCUUUGAAUAUCCAUACCAUAUUUACUCGAAUAAGUGCCGCAGUGCUUAUGUAAUUUUUCGUGUCUCCGGUGCGGCACUUAUUCGAGGGCGGGGCUUAUUUAAAAGGCUCAUACCACAAAGACAAAACAUUUUGAUUGUACAAUUUAGUUUACUUCAUGAGUAUUUUUUCAUGGCUUACCGACUUGAAGUUAACCUAAGUUAACUGCUAUAAAAGGUAACUAUACUUUUGUGCAGGUCUUCAAUAACUCUUUACUUGAUGUCAAUGUCCUGACUGUUGCUGAAAGUUCACAAGAUCUAACAAAUGAUUAGAGUGUAUUUUUAUUAUCUUAUGGAAAUACUCAAAUAAGCGCUGCACCGGAGCUGCAGCCCUUAUUCAAGGGCGGCGCUUAUUGACUCUUCCACUCCAUGUGCAGCGCUUGAUCGAGGGCAGCACUUAUUCGGGGGCAGCGCUUAUUCGAGUAAAUCGGUAUAUCCCUUUAGUGGGUCAGUGGAAUUUCUGAGGGGGUAGGGAAUCUCUUUGGCCAACAUUUUUGGAAAGGAAAGUCUGAAGCUAAGCUAAAAUUUGCAGAGUAAGGGGAAAACUCCAGUAAAAUUUAUAAUAGUAAUGUUACAGGCUACCCUGAUUUCAGCAGGUAGUUGCUUUCAAAGUUCUAAUGUGAAUGGUUGAGUAGUUCUUCUGUUUUCCUUGAUAACAAGUUAUUGCUAGCCUUGGGAAUUGGCUUGAUUGAUGAAGUGAACGAUGACAUACAGGAACUUGAAAAAAAGCUUCAAGUUUACUCAAGUCAGGUUUUAACUGACAAAGAAAGACCACAAACUACUGUGCAAACUCUUAGUCCAGCAAAUAUUAAAGGUGAGUUUUUUUAUUUAUGCUUUUCAGUGACAUUCAUAUAACAUAAUUAUAUAAUUCACAGACUUGCCAGAGGCUGACCUCAUGAUUCUCAUAGUAAAAUAUCUGUAAACUAAGUAAAAUGGGUGGAGCAAAUGUUUUAGGCCACAAAGCGGCUAAGCAAAUAAUAAGGUUGCAAAGAGUCCAUGCAGUAUUAAAAAAUAGGAUGAAGGAAUUUUUCACAAGUCUAAUUAUUGGAGUGCACUUUAGUUUGAAGAAGUAGUGAAUGUGCAUGAAAGGAUGUUGUAAAUCCAUCUACAUGUUCAUUAUCAUACAUUCAUAAACAAUGAUUCCUUUUUGUUUUUCGAAGAAGAAAAAACUGGUUUUAUUCUAUGUUGAAGUGGUUGCCUUGUACAUGUAAUUUGUUGACUUUGUGACAAAAAAGUAUGAAGUCUCCUGUAGUUAAUAUAUAUAUAUAUAUAUAUAUAUAUAUAUAUAUAUAUAUAUAAGUAGAUAAAAUGAAGACUUCAUCUGCUAUAAGAGUGCUCAAUGGUAACACCAGAGCUGUAAAUAGAUAAAAGAUGAACUUCUGGAGUCGGACUAGUUCAAAAACAUUUAAUCGCUACUCGGAGUUUCAUGCCUCUAGAGAAGCAAUCAUCAGGCGACUGACAACAUUAGCGGUCACAUGUAAAGAUAUACAAAUUUGAAAAGACGUAAGAAUUCUGAUUGGACGGCUAAAAUGCUUAACGAACAGGUAAAUCUAUAUUAGGUUAUCGCGGUAUUUAAAAGAAAUUUCUUAGAAUGUCUACAGAUCGAUGACAGUUCGUUUCUACGAUUGAGUGUCGACAUUUCCGGUUUGCAAAUAAUAAAGUAUUUCUCCCACAGGCAGAGAUUACAUUUCUUGUUGACAUUAGAGUAAGACCUAGCUUGCUUUACUUUUCUCCACUUAAUUUGGUAAUCAAUUUUGCGUUGUUUUAGGUUCCAUACGUAUUUGCUAAGCUCUGUGCUAUUCUUGUAUCUUUCGUUCCUGAAAGAGCAUUUAUGGUUAUUGAAUCGUUCCUUAAACAUCGUGUCACAUAGGCCGACGUACGUUUCUUUUGACUGUGGAGUCGUGACCUCUGCUUGGUAUACAAUGUUCUGGAUUUUGCAAUUUCCCUCAAGCGGGCAAGAAUCUUUUUUGCGGCAAUUGCAGCCAGCGACUUCUUCCGAUUGGGCUACUGGUUUGCUGAUCUGGGCUUUGUUGUGGCUGGAGAUGAUAGUUUUCACGUUGCUCAUGCAGCUGUAGCUCAACUUAAGGCUGUUCCGGUUAAAUAUCUUAUGCAGUGGGUUUGAUUUGGGGAAAUGCAGAUCAACUAAUUUGAGGAAGCAUUUUCCGAUUUUCGUUUCAACAUUUUGGCUGUAAGGUGGGUUGAACCAAGUAAUGUUUCUAUGCCGUUGGUUUUGUCGUGAUGUUUUAGGGAUUGGCACUUUGUAUGAAAGAUUAUAAUUGUGGCCACAUUUAUUAAGAGCAUCUUGGUACGCAUCUUUGGCUUUGUCAAAGCAUUCUUUGUCCGAUGAAAUUUCACUUAGGCACUUAUUGAUGGAUUCGGGAAUGUUCUUUAUGAUGGAAGGUGGGUGAUUCGAUUGCUUGUGUACGUAGAUGGGUGUAUUUCCUUCUUUCAUGUAUGGGGAGUGCUUUUCGCUUUUUAGGUCGAGUGUGACAUCUAAAAAAUUUACUUUGGUGAGGUUGGCUCCCACCAUGAUUUUAAGAUCAUUGUCGCGGAAGAUCUGGCAGAUAUCUUUCUUAACUCUUUCGAUCUCACGUGGUGUUUUGUUGAAUGCCGACAGCCCGUCGUCACGAUAGAGACUGAUGUUCCUUCCGAACUUUUCUGUAAGGCGUGACAGGAUGUAGCAACCAACUAGUUCGCAUGUUUCGGCCCCAUCGAACGACCCCAUGGUGACAUCAAAUCUGUCGUUGGAGUUUUUCUUCUCCCAGGGGACAUGUUUGCUGAACACCAGUGAUCUUUUAGCGUGUAUGAUAAUGUCACGCUCAUGUUGGCUGAUGGGGCGGUAGCUGUUAGCGAAAUCCAGCGCUUUGCAGAGCAGCUUCUCUGUUAUCGACGGGUAAAAAUUGACGUGUAAAAAUCACACACGUCGAUUUUUACCCGUCGAUAACAGAGAAGCUGCUCUGCAAAGCGCUGGAUUUCGCUAACAGCUACCGCCCCAUCAGCCAACAUGAGCGUGACAUUAUCAUACAUAUAUAUAUAUAUAUAUAUAUAUGUUAUAUCCAUUUUAAUUAUUGAAACAGCAAGCUGAAUUAAGUUUAUCAUGAAUGCAAAUUUGUGUUGAUGUAUCUUAAACAGCCAUAAGCACAGAGAUCCCAGCAGAAAUUAUCAACAAGAAAGAGAAAUCUGUUCAGAAGGUAAGAUGAAUAAGGUUGUCAUUCAUGUGCAUGCAUAAUCAUCAUUAUAGCUUAUCAUAUUCAGGGAUUCUGAUUUUAUGUGACAGUGUAGUGUUGCACUAUUUAUCUCAAAUUGUAUCCAGGUAUAUAGUCCACAGGAAAUUUAUCAUUUAUUUAAAAUAUUUGUAAAAUAAUAUGCUAAUUUCAUGUUAUUUGGAAAUGUUAUGUAGAGACAGACCUCCUGAAAUUUUUUGCAAUUGCUGUGAAACUACAGCAAGGAUUAGCUGUUAAUUCUGAACAAAAUAAUACUUUGUAGAAAUUGCAUAAUUUGCUACAUGUGCAUCCUUGGCAUGCAUCCAACAGGGUGGGAGAUGGAGAGGAAGAGAAAAAGAGAGGGGGAUUGGGGAGAGCUGGUAAGGGACUCCUGCCAUAAGAACCCCUUUUGCCGGUCACUUUUUGUGGCUGCUUCUAUCCACAAAUUUGCUUUGAGUUGUAACGAGUAUUGACGUUUAUAUAAGUAAGAAACAACCAAGGUAGUUAACAGGCAUCGAAGGAAACUUGUCUUACUGGCAUAAGCUUUGGAGGGUCAAGACGUUUCACCCAUGCUGGGAAAUGCUCCCUGUCUGUGAAUGGUCAUGUAUUGACAGUUCACGUUUAUCAGAUAAGUUGGGAAAUUGGUGGGCGGAAUGCAAAAACACCAGCUCUCGUAGCAAGUGCAGUCCCCCUCCCGCUUCCCCUUCAUGCUUUUCUUCCCCUUGCCCAGCCAGCCUUUCAUUUCGCAUUUCCAACUCAGAUGAUUCCAAUGUGAACAUGUUAAAUAAUUUAUCAUUAAUGUUAAGCAAAAUUAAUGUGACUGCUCUGUUAGCUCAAUUUUUCUUUAUUUAGUAUGGUCUUGGAGAUGAACAAGCCAGCAGAAUGAAGAGUGUUCUGGUAAAUGUUCUUUAAAUUUCCAUGGCCGAUGUCCUUAACCCAUUCGCCCCUGAACCGCCCGUAACCGCCCGUGCGGAUCCAGGUCCUUUCUACCCUUUGUGACGUCAUCAGUUUUAACGAUCAAGGACAACACUUUCUUCGCUAACUUGUGCAGAGUGAAGAGAUCUUUCAAACCAUACCAGAAUGAGCACAAUUCAGUCAAGGACACCGGAGAAAGAAGCAAAAAACCACGUGACAAGGACCUGAAAAUCUCCAUGAAAAUCUUGUUCCAUUACCCACCUACCUUUCCUUUCACCUAAUCCUAAGAUCCUAAAAGCUUUCCUAAAAACUCUUCCCACCAAAAUGAAGCCUACUAAAUGCCCAGCAAGAGAAAAAAAAAUGAGGCAAGAAAAGCAAAAAAAGAAGGGAGGAGAGAAAGCGAAAAGUAAACGUCAAGACUGCUGUCUCACUUUUAAACCGGACAGCAGCUAAAUUCAAGGCAAAAAUAAAUUAUAAAUGUUUGACUGAAAUAUAGUUGAGCCUCUCCUUAACGGUCACCUUUGGGGCAGAAGAAAAUGACUGUUGUAGAGAGGUGGCCGUUGUAAGAGUCAAUAGGGCCAUUUAUACGGGGAAAAAUAAGACGCGUCUUACAUAGGACGCGUCUUAAAUAAGACACGAACUUUCCGUAUAAACGGCACAUUUCAUCUAAAAUAAGACGCGUCUUAGCUAAGACGCGUCUUAUUUUAGAACAGCCCUUAACACCUGUUCUCAGAUAAGACGUGUCUUAGCUAAGACGAGAAAAACUUCGUAUAAAUGACCUUCGUGUCUUAAAUAAGACGCGAACGCAUAGUACUCAUGCAUUAAUUUUUGGCGCGCUACGUUGGAUUGGAGUUGCUACGGGCAACAUUCACAUGAAAACGAGUCAAGAACAGAAAUAAGACGCGAACCAUUUAUACUAGCUGUUCUCAUCUUAGAUAAGACAUGCUCGUAUAAAUGGUACAGUUCGUGUCUUAUUUAAGACGCGUCUUAUGUAAGACGCAUCUUAUUUUUCCUCGUAUAAAUGGCCCUAAUGUAUGGACUGUCCGCCAAAAAUAGUGGCUGUUGUAGAGUGGUGGCUGCUGGUGGAGGUUUGACUGUACAUUGUAAACUCCCACUAUUACAGGCUCUUGCUAAUGAGGACACUGACUCAAGAACCCUACAGUGUCUGCUAUACAGGGAGUUGACCGCAUGGAAGUACCCCCCCCCCUCUCUGGGCUGUACAUGUACCUAAAGGCAAGGUUAAUGAUAACAAAUGUUAUUUAUCUUCUUUACAGUAUACUUCCUAUCCUGGAUUCUUUCCAAAUGAAGUUACUCCAUUACCAGGACAGCUUGAAGCUCCUCAGUUGCUAAACAGAGUAACCAAGGCUCAGUGUUUUCCUGUGAGUGGAUGUGUGGCAUAGUCGAUCUGUUUUACAUUUAGUGGAUAGGGUUGACCAGGGGUUAUCAGCAAAGUUUUGUAUGUUGUGUAUUGUAUAGGGUGAAGGACGAUUCACAUCAAAGUCUAAUUCUGAAUGUCCUGUAGCAGUACAUGUACAUGCCAAUGAUGAUCUGUAAAAAUAUCAGAUAUUUUUUUCUACAUGUCCCCAUCAAUUGAAACAGCCUGUGCACAUGUAGCUGUUGUUUUUGUCUGGUGAGCAUGAAAAUGCACAGCCAUGAAGCAUGCACCUAGGAGUGUAGCAUCCAUAUAUAUACACAUAUGCCCAUGCAUACACGUACAGACUACAGCUGAAAAAUGGGAAAAAAAUGUAUUUUUUAUUUUCUGACUGAUACAUUUUUCGCACUAUAUUGGUGUCUUCAUGUUAGUAUUAUUAAUUAUUAUAAUCUUUUAUUAUUCCAUAAUACAAGUGACAUCACCAGCCUCUCUUGUAAACACUGUACCUUACCUAGACUUAGAGAUGAGUAAAAUAAACUAACUACUGCAUUUUCAUGCGCAUUAUUUUGCUGAAAUGUCCUGCAGAAAAUGCCGGAAAUGGAAUUUCUGAGAUCCUAAAUUCAAGAAUUUUCUGGGGAGAAUUCCCCCACCCAGACCCCCCUAGGUUGAGCCGCCUUCGGCGCUACAACUUUUCUUCCCCGUGUGUGUACACCUUCCAAAUCUCAUAUCAAUGCCUCUGGCACCACCCAUUGCCUUGCAGCAUUGCCUGCCACUCGCCCUGCUCCUCUUUGCCUACAUGCAUUAUGUAAUUUUUUUUUGGUUUCAAAAUGUAGUCCAUCGUGCUCAUGCCGACCUCAUUACUCAACUGUUUCUAUGUUGUGUUUUUAACUGCUACUUAACAUGUGUUUCAAGUUAAUACUUUUUGACAAAAUAAAUUAAGGUUGUUUAUAUUUUUUCCUGGUGUCUAGUCAACUUUCCGUAAACGAUGGAAGAAACUAUUCUUAUCAGAAGGAUCUGUGAUUUUGCUGCAGGUAAAUGUUUUAAUGAAAUAUGAGCACCUACUUAUUUUGAACUAGCUUAUUGACCACUAUGCAAUACGUGGGUAAAUAAAUGAUUGUAUUGUAUUGUAUGGGCUGACCACCAUGCCAAGAAAUGCUCAUAUAGGGGCUACAAAUUGUGAGUCUACCAGCGGGUGAAGCUCGCAGGCAUUGUUGGUUUUCAGUCACUGGUAAAGUGUAGAUUGCACGUACGCUUAAGUCAACCUUCUCACAUUACAUGUAGAUUGAAUAUGCCAAUCCGUUAAAUAGUGGCUGUUCAAGCCAGAAGCUCUUUUAUUUUAUUAAAACAGGUUAGCAGAUUUUGACUGUUUGUCCACCGAUAAACUUUCAGGGGCACCCAACGAGGAUAUAGUUCAAAACCACUUAACAUAGCAUUGUUGAACGUAUUUUAGUAUUCAAACGGUACAUAUAGGCAUAUUUUUAUCCCCUAAAAACUUUCUAUCUGUUCGGAUUUCCUAGCUGAAAGUCUAAUGAUCCGAAAAUUAUAGGGAUAAAAACUUACCUUCUCGAAAAUUUCAGCCAGGAAAAGGCUCACGAAAAUUCUAGGUGGCCUUUUUUAAGGUCAAAAUCCGUCAAAAAUGGGUAAUUAUACCAUUUUGUAGAUGUUCGAAAAUCCUAGGAGAGGCAGGCAAGCAAGAAAUUUUACAACAAAUGCUCCGACAUGACAUUUUUACGUUGCCUUCAGCCUACAUUAAUUUCAUGAACGUUUAAUGAUCAUUUGUAGGAUACUUUCUGGUGGUUCUUUCUGGAAAGAUUUCAGGUCAGUUGACUGAAAGUUACAGCUUUACUUAACAUAAUGUCUUUAACGCAACAACAAGAAAACAGUACCUAAAAGAGAAAGUAAAAUUUGCCAUCGUUUUAAUUCACGUCCUCCAUAAAACGAGGCUUCACGAGCUUAAAACUGCGAUGCAUGUGUAGAAUUGUUGUUGUUAAAGCUCUCGUUGCGUUGUGUUAGCUUAGAAGGUUGUUACUGGUUAUAGCCCGGCCCCCUCAGUCUGACCAGUCCGUGUUGUUUCUUCAUCUGUUAAUUGUAGAGAUGGGAAAGUGGAGCCUCCAAGCAAUGUUUUGAAUACAACUCAUUGCGAUGUACCAGCUCCUGGUUAGACUGCGAGUAAUCUCUGUUUUUCUUUCCUUACACCUUCAGUCAUGCGCAUGGUCAUUUGCGUUUCUUGCGUGUUUCGCUCAACGGAAUAAGAAAAAAGAGAGACUGCUUGUAAAAUAGCUCCUGGUACAGGGGGUAUUUACCGUUUACACAGGAAAACCGAAAAUUCUGAUUGGAAAAUCAAAUGAAUGGCACCUUUCUGACACAUUCAAACAAACAUGCGAGCGUAUGAAACCCUCUUACAUGGCAUAUUUGACAUUUGACAUUUUGACUCGAAAAAAGAUUUCUCUGGAAAGUCCGUUGUGGCAUUUUUAUUAUUUUAACAUGCAACCUGUAAACUCCUUUCGCAUCGCGCUUCUCCAAGUUACUUCUGUCCUUGGUUGUAAUUUUUCUAUUCUGUUUCAGCCUGAUUGUAAGAAGGCCCAAAACGGAUUGUUUAGCAGAAUAGCGGACAGUUUCGUCUCCUUAUUUUUCAGCGUUAGUGCAGAUUUCAAAGACAGGUUUUUUCAGGUAUGAUUUUAACUUUUACAAACUUUUGUAUACUGCAAGUAUAUGUAAAAUGCUUUCUGACCUAAGGUCAAAAUUUUAAAAGUUCUGACAAAUUGGCUGUAGACUGUUCACAGUCCCCUAUUUUUCCGUGAGAUCAUGGUUGUGAUAUAGCGCGUCUUACCGUUAAUGGCGGCCAUCUUGAUUUUCAAAUGACCAAGGGGGUGGACGUCAGAUAUUAUACAUGUAGCUCUACCGUCCUCCACCCCCUAAGUAGUUUUGACACUCAUCCAAGAUGGCAACCCGUAAUGCAUAGCGAUCGAUCUUGAGGAUCUUAUGGGAAAAUAGGGGACUGUGAACAGUCUAAAUUGGCUGUAGUGAACCCCCUUUUAACCGAUUAGUCUCUUAGAUAAAGUUUCUAAUUAUUGUUUGCCUUAUAUUGUAGCCUGGGAAAACAACCGACAUUUCACGACCCCACCACUAGUUUCCCCGUAAAGAUGGGCUAACUGAGGAACCAGCGCAAACAUUUCAUACUAAUGAUGUGACGCUACCCAGAUCUGGGUGUUGCUUCUGAUUGGUGGUGCUGUGAGUGACAUUUGCCUCAACCAAUCAGGAGCUCUACCCACAACCCGUUCCUCAGACGUCAUUUUUCGGGAUAACCACGAGUGGCUUCGUGAAAUGUUGGCUGUUAACUGUUAGUUGUUUACCAUUUAAAUGGGCAACCUAGUCGGUUCACGGCUUGGGCAAAUGGUCAGAAAAAAUUUCGUUGUGGAGUCGCAUUUACCAUUAAUUGCACAGAUCAGUUACAUUCACCAAAAACCGACCGCGAAGGCCUGAAACUGGUAUCAAAGAUGGCUUUGAAGAAAUGGAACACGAAUUUCUGUUUGGAAUAAUCCUUCUGGAAACACAGGACUACCUUUUCAGAUGUUCUGUUGCUUCUGGAAAUUGUCCACUGGAAUGACUCAAAAAGUCGUGCUCCAUUUACUUUCCAACUGGAUUUUUCAGAAACAUUUGUAAAUGGUCAACAACCGUUUUCUCAGGCUACAAAUAUUGUUGUUUUUGGUGUUUAUUUAGUUCUUCGCUGAUUGUCUUGCACAAGCCGUUUAUGCUGCAUACUGUGAAGUGUUUCCACGUUCUUAUCAACUGUUUGAUGAUGACUUCAAGAAUUUCCUUCUUAACACCAUCUCUGAAUGGGUAACAGGUAAACACAACUACAGAAAGCAAGUAUUUAACCCCUGCAUGUACCUAGAGUUAAGAAAGGGAGGGAAAAAACAGAAGGGAAAGAAACAGUAGGAAGUUGAAGCAACCGCGUCGACGAAGUUGUUCCAUGUAGAAAAUCAGAAUUUGGGAAUUUUUACUUGUCGAAUCAAUAUUAUUGGGUCUUGGAAUGGCUUUAUGGUCGUUUUGAUCCAAAGUCGUUUCGAUCCAAGGUAUUUCCAUCAAAACUAAAGUCAUUUCGAUCCAUCAUCAAAGUCGAUUCAGUCGUCGUAGAAAGUCGGUUAGAUUCAACCAACUAAUAAUUACCGUACUAAACAAGUCCCAAUUUCAUCUUUUCCAACAUCAACGAUCCAACAAGUGUGUUUCUAUACUUCUAUACAAUGUGACUGCCAUUUUGAACAUAUUUGCAAUAUUAGUACCCAGGCCUUAAGAUUGUUGGUGUUUUCACUGUCAUCGCUGUUGUCGCUGUUAUCACUUUGUCACUGACUGUUGUCGCUGUUGUCACUGUUGUCCCUGUUGUCACUGUUGUCAUUGUUCUCACUGUUGUCAUUGUUCUCACUGUUGUCACUGUUGACCCUGUUGUCGCCAAUGUUGCUGUUGUCACUGUUGUCGCUGUUGUCACUGUUGUCAUUGUUGUCGCUGUUGUCACUGUUGUCAAUGUUGUCGCUAUUGUCACUGUCUUCACUGUCAUCGCUGUUGUCGCUAUUGUCGCUGUUGUCGUUGUCACUAACGUCGCCGUUGUCACUGUUGUCGCUGUUGUCACUAGUUUCGUUGUCACUGUUGUCAGUGUUGUCGCUGUUGUCACUGUUACAGCUGUUGUUGCUGUUAUCACUGUUGUCACUGAUGGUUGUCACUGUUGCCGCUCUUGUCACUGUUGGCUCUGUUGUCGCUGUUGUCGCUAUUGUCGCUGUUUUGACGGUCAUCAUUGUUGUCGCUGUUAUCGCCGUUGUCACUGUUGUCACUGUUUGCGCUAGUGUCACCGUUGUCGCUGUUGCCACUGUUGUCGCUGUUCUUGCGGUUGUCACUGUUGUCACAGUAGAUGCUGUUAUCACUGUUGUCGCUGGUCGGUGUUAUCACUGUUCUCGCUGCUGUCACUGUUGUCAUUGACACUGUUGUCACCAUUGUCACUGUUGUCGCUGUUGUCACUGAUGUCGCUGUUGUCACUGUUGUCACUGUUGUCACUAUUGUCACUGUUGUCGUUUUCACUGUUGUCACAGUUGUCGCUGUUGUCACUGUUGUUGUGGUUGUCGUUGUCACUGUUGUCGUUGUCGCUGUUGUCACUGUUGUCGUUGUCACCGUUGUCGCUGUUGUCACUGUUAAUGCUGUUGUCACUGUUCUUACUGUUGUCGCUUUUGUCGUUUUCACAGUUGUCGCUGUUGUUACCGUUGUCGCUGUUGUCACUGUUGUUGUUGUCACUGUUGCCGCUGUUGUGGUUAUCAUUGUUGUCAGUGUUGUCGUUGUCACUAUUGUUGCUGUUGUCAUUGUCACUGUUGUCACUGUUGUUGCUGUUUUCACUGUUCUCACUGUUGUCCCUGUUGUCGCUGUUGUCAUUGUCGCUGUUUUCGCUGUUGUCAUUGUCACCGUUGUCGCUGUUGUGGUUAUCACUGUUGCCAGUGUUAUCGUAGUCACCAUUGUCACUGUUGCCGUUGUCACCGUUGUCGCUGUUGUCGCUGUUGUCGCUGUUUUCACUGUUGUCACUGUUGUCGCUGUUGUCACUGUUUUCACUGUUGUCGUUGUCACCGUUGUCGCUGUUGUAACCGUUGUCACCAUUGUCGCUGUUCUUGCGGUUGUCACUGUUGUCAUGGUAGAUGCUGUUAUCCCUGUUUUUGCUGGUCGCUGUUAUCACUGUUUUUGCUGCUGUCACUGUUGUCAUUGACACUGUUGUCGCCAUUGUCACUGUUGUCGCUUUUGUCACUAAUGUCGCUGUUGUCACUUUUGUCGCUAUUGUCACUGUUGUUGUGGUUGUCGUUGUCACUGUUGUCGCUGUUGUUACUGUUAACACUAUUGUCACUGUUAUCCCGGUUCUUGUUGUUGUCACUGUUUUGAUGUCACUGUUGUCACUGUUGUCGCUGUUGUCACUGUCGUUGUUGUUGUCACUGUUAACACCGUGGUCGUUGUCACUCUUCUCGCUGUUGUCGUUGUCACCAUUGUCGCUGUUGUCACUGUUAACGCCGUUGUUACUGCUGUCACUGUUGUCGCUGUUGUCACUGUUGUCGCUGUUGUCACUGUUGUCGCUGUUAUCACUGUUGUCAUUGUUGUCACGGUUAUCGUUGUCACCGUUGUCGCUGUUGUCACCGUGGUCACUGUUGUCGCUGUUGUCACCGUUGUCGUUGUCACUGUCGUCGUUGUCACUGUUGCUGUUGUCACCGUUGUCACUGUUAACGCUGUUGUCACCGUUGUCACUGUUGUCGCUGUUGUCGUUGUCACUGUUGUCGCUGUUGUCACUGUUGUCGCUGUUGUCGCUGUUGUCAUUGUCACCGUUGUCGCUGUUGUCACCGUUGUCGAUGUUGUUGUUGUCACUGUAGUCGUUGUCACUGUUGUCAGUGUUGUCGUUGUCAAUGUUAUCGCUGUUGUCGUUGUCACCAUUGUCGCUGUUGUCACCGUUGACGCUGUUGUCGUUGUCAUUCUUGUCGCUGUUGUCAACGUUGUCGUUGUUGUCACUGUUGUCAUUGUCCAGGUUGUUGCUGUUUUCGCUGCUCUCAUUGACACUGUUGUCGCGGUUGUCACUGUUGUCACCGUUGUCGUUGUCACUGUUGUCGCUGUCGUCACCAUUGUCACUGUUGUUAUUGUUACCGUUGUCGCUGUUGUCACCGUUUUCACUGUUUUCACUGUUGUCACUGCUGUCGCUGUUGUCGUUGUAAGCGUUGUCGAUGUUGUCACUGUUGUCACUGUUGUCACUGUUGACGCUGUUGUCACCGUUGUCACUGUUGUCUCUGUUGUCACUGUUGUCUCUGUUGUCACUGUUGUCUCUAUUGUCACUGUUGUCGUUGUCACUGUUGUCGCUGUUGUCACCGUUGUCACUGUUGUCUCUGUUGUCACUGUUGUCUCUAAUGUUACUGUUGUCGUUGUCACUGUUGUCGCUGUUGUCACCGUUGUUACUGUUGUCGCUGUUGUCACCGUUGUCACUGUUGUCUCUGUUGUCACUGUUGUCUCUAAUGUCACUGUUGUCGUUGUCACUGUUGUCGCUCUUGUCACUGUCGUUGCCGUUGUCGUUGUCAACGUUGUCGCUGUUGUCACUGUUGUCACGGUUGUCGCUGUUGUCACCGUUGUCGUUGUUACUGUUGUCGCUGUUGUCGUUGUCACCGUUGUCGCUGUUGUCACCGUUGUCACUGUUGUUGCUGUUGUCACCGUUGUCGCUGUUGUCGCUGUUGUCACCGUUCUCACUGUCCUCGCUGUUGUCACCGUUGUCGUUGUCACUAUUGUUGAUGUUGUCACUGUCACUGUUGUCACCGUUGUUGUUGUCACUGUUGUCGCUGUUGUCACUGUUGUCAUUGUCAACGUUGUUUCUGUUGUCACUGUUGUCGCUGUUGUCGUUUACACUGUUGUCGCUGUUUUCACCGUUGUCACUGUUGUCGCUGUUGUCACCGUUGUCACUGUUGUCGCUGUUGUCGUUGUCACUGUUGUCGCUUUUGUCGUUUUAACCCCUGUCGCUGUUUUCACUGUUGUCACUGUUGUCGCUGUUGGCACUGUUGUUGUUGUCACCGUUGUCACUGUUGUCAGUGUUGUCGCUGUUGUUACCGUUGUCACCAUUGUCACGGUUGUCACUGUUGUCACGGUUGUCACCGUUGUCACCGUUGUCACCGUUGUAACCGUUGUCACUGUUGUGACCGUUGUGACCGUUGUCACCGUUGUCACUGUUGUCACCGUUGUCACCAUUGUCACCGUUCUCACCGUUGUCACUCUUGUCACUGUUGCCACCAUUGUCACUGUUGUCACGGUUGUCACCCUUGUCAACAUUGUCACUGUUCUCACUGUUGCCCCUGUUGUCACCGUUGUCACUUUUGUCACUGUUGUAACUGUUGUCACUGUUGUAGCUGUUGUCACCGUUGUCACCAUUGUCACGGUUGUCACGGUUGUCACUGUUGUCACCGUUGUCACUGUUGUCACCGUUGUCACUGUUGUCACCGUUGUCACCGUUGUCACCAUUGUCACGGUUGUCACGGUUGUCACUGUUGUCACCAUUGUCACUGUUGUCACUGUUGUCACCGUUGUCACUGUUGUCAUCGUUGUGACCGUUGUCACCGUUGUCAUCGUUGUCACUGUUGUCACCCUUGUCACCAUUGUCACCAUUGUCACCGUUGCCACCAUUGUCACUCUUGUCACGGUUGUCACCGUUGUCACCAUUGUCACUGUUCUCACUGUUGCCGCUGUUGUCACCGUUGUCACCGUUGUGACUCUUGUCACUGUUGUCACCGUUGUCACUGUUGUCAUCGUUGUCACCGUUGUCACUGUUGUCACCCUGUCACUGUUGUCACCGUUGUCACCGUUGUCACUGUUGCCACUGUUGUCACCGUUGUCACCGUUGUCACUGUUGUCGCUCUUGUCGAUGUUGCCAUAAUUGUCACUGUUGUCACGGUUGUCACCGUUGUCACCAUUGUCACUGUUCUUACUGUUGCCUCUGUUGUCACCGUUCUCACGAUUGUCACCGUUGUCACUCUUGUCACUGUUGUCACCGUUGUCACUGUUGUCACUAUUGUCACCAUUGUCACUGUUGUCACUGUUGUCACCGUUCUCACUGUUGUCACCGUUGUCACCGUUGUCACUGUUGUCACGGUUGUCACCGUUGUCACCGUUGUCACUGUUGCCUCUGUUGUCACCGUUGUCACUCUUGUCACUCAUGUCACCGUUAUCACUGUUGUCACUGUUGUCACUGUUGUCACCGUUAUCACCUUUUUCAUCAUUGUCACUGUUGUCACUGUUGUCACCGUUGUCACUGUUGUCACGGUUGUCACUGUUGUCACCGUUGUCACCGUUGUCACCGUUGUCACCGUUGUCACGGUUGUCACAGUUGUCACUUUUGUCACCGUUGUCACCGUUGUCACUGUUGUCACCGUUGUGACUGUUGUCACCGUUGUCAUCGUUGUCACUGUUUUCACCAUUGUCACCAUUGUCGCCGUUGUCACCGUUGUCACUGUUGUCACUGUUGCCACCAUUGUCACUGUUGUCACGGUUGUCACCGUUGUCACCAUUGUCACUGUUCUCACUGUUGUCACCAUUGUCACGGUUGUCACAGUUGUCACUGUUGUCACCGUUGUCACCGUUGUCACCGUUGUCACUGUUGUCACCGUUGUCACCGUUGUCACCGUUGUCAUCGUUGUCACUGUUGUCACCAUUUUCACCGUUGUCACCGUUGUCACUGUUUUCACUGUUGCCACCAUUGUCACUGUUGUCACGGUUGUCACCGUUGUCACCAUUGUCACUGUUCUCACUGUUGCCCCUGUUGUCACCGUUGUCACCGUUGUCACCGUUGUGACUCUUGUCACUGUUGUCACUGUUGUCAUCGUUGUCACCGUGGUCACUGUUGUCACCCUGUCACUGAUGUCACCGUUGUCACCGUUGUCAGUGUUGCCACUGUUGUCACCGUUGUCACCGGUGUCACUGUUGUCACCGUUGUCACUGUUGUCACAGUUGUCGCUCUUGUCACUGUUGCCACCAUUGUCACUGUUGUCACGUUUGUCACCCUUGUCACCAUUGUCACUGUUCUCACUGUUGCCUCUGUUGUCACCGUUCUCACGAUUAUCACUGUUGUCACUCUUGUCACUGUUGUCACCGUUGUCACUGUUAUCACUGUUGUCACUAUUGUCACCAUUGUCACUGUUGUCACCGUUGUCACCGUUGUCACGGUCCUCACUGUUGUCACCGUUGUCACCGUUGUCACUGUUGUCACUGUUGCCUCUGUUGUCACCGUUGUCACUCUUGUCACUCAUGUCACCGUUAUCACUGUUGUCACUGUUGUCACUGUUGUCACCGUUAUCACCUUUUUCAUCAUUGUCACUGUUGUCACUGUUGUCACCGUUGUGUCUGUUGUCAUUGUUUUGACUGUUGUCACCGUUGUGACUGUUGUCACCGUUGUCAUCGUUGUCACUGUUUUCACCAUUGUCACCAUUGUCGUCGUUGUCACCGUUGUCUCUGUUGUCACUGUUGUCAUUGUUGUCACCGUUGUCACCAUUGUCACUGUUCUCACUGUUACCUCUGUUGUCACCGUUGUCACCGUUGUCACCGUUGUCACUCUUGUCACUAUGGUCACCGUUGUCACUGUGGUCAUCGUUGUCACCGUUGUCACUGUUGUCACCCUGUCACUGUUGUCACCAUCGUCACCGUUGUCACCUUUGCCACUGUUGCCACUGUUGUCACCGUUAUUAAGGGUCUCACCGUUGUCACUGUUGUCACUGUUGUCACGGUUGUGACCGUUGUCACUGUUCUCACUGUUGCCUCUGUUGUCACCGUUGUCACCAUUGUCACUGUUCUCACUGUUGCCUCUGUUGUCACCGUUCUCACGAUUGUCACCGUUGUCACUCUUGUCACUGUUGUCACCGUUGUCACUGUUGUCACUGUUCUCACCAUUGUCACCGUUGUCACUGUUGUCACUUGUUGUCACUUGUUGUCAACGUUGUCGUUGUGACUGCUGUCGCUGUUGUCGCUGUUGUCGCUGUUGUCGUUGUCACCGUUUUCGCUGUUGUCGCCGUUGUCACCUUUGUCAGUGUUGUCGCUUUUGUCGCUGUUGUCGUUGUCACCAUUGUUGCUAUUGUCACCGUUGUCACUGUUGUCACCGUUGUCAAUGUUGUUGUUGUCACUGUAGUCGUUGUCACUGUUGUCGGUGUUGUCGUUGUCACUGUUGUAGCUGUUGUCACUGUUAACGCCGUUGUCACUGUUGUCACUGUUGUCGCGGUUGUCACCGUUGUCGUUGUCACUAUUGCUGAUGUUGUCGUUGUUACUGUUUUCACUGUUGUUGUUGUCAGUGUUGUCGCUGUUGUCGCCGUUGUCACUGUUGUCACUGUUGUCACUGUUUUCGCUUUUGUCGUUGUCGCUGUUGUGGCUGUCGUCACCGUUGUCACUAUUGUCGCUGUUGUCACUGUUGUGACCGUUUUCAUUUGUACUGUUGUCGAUGUUGUCGUUGUCACUGUUGUCAUUUUCACUGUUGUCGCUGUUGUCACCGUUGUCACCGUUGUCAUUGUCAUUGUUGUCGCUGUUGUCGUUGUCACCGUUGUCACCGAUGUUGUUGUUGUCACUGUUGUCACGGUUGUCGCUGUUUUCGUUGUCACCGUUGUCACUGUUGUCACCGUUUGUUGAUAUUGUUGUUGUCAUUGUUGUCGGUGUUGUCGUUGUUGUCAUUGUCACCAUUGUCGCUGUUGUCAUUGGUAACGCCGUUGUCACUGUUGUCACUGUUGUUGCUGUUGUCGCUGUUGUGUUUUCACUGUUGUCGUUGUUGUCACCGUUGUCGUUGUCACUGUUCUCGCUGUUGUCGUUGUCACUGUUGUCUCCGUUAUUACUGUUUUUACCGUUGUCGAUAUUGUUGUUGUCACUGUAAUCGUUUUCACUGUUGUCGAUGUUGUCGUUGUUACUGUUGUAGCUGUUGUCGUUGUCACUGUUGUCGCUGUUGUCACUGUUGUCACGGUUGUCAUUGUCACCGUUAUCGCUGUUGUCACUGUUGUCACUGUUGUCACCAUUGUCGCUGUUGUCACCGUUGUCGCUGUUGUCAUCAUUGUCACUGUUGUUACUGUUUUCACUGUUGUCGCUGUUGUCGUUGUCACGGUUUUCGCUGUUGUCACUAUUAACGCUGUUGUCAGUGUUGUCACUUAUUGUUGUCACUGUUGUCGUUGAUGUGGUUUUCACUGUUGUCGAUGUUGUUACUGUUAACGCUGUUGUCACUGUUAACGCUGUUCUCACUGUUGUCGCUGUUGUCACUGUUUUGUCAGUUGUAGUUGUUACUUUUGUUACUGUUGUCGCUGGUGUCACUGUUACCACUGUUGUCGUUGUCGUCGUUUUCACUGUUGUCGCUGUUGUCAUUGUCACUGUUAACGCUGUUCUUACUGUUGUCACUGUUUUGGCUGUUUUCAUUGUUGUCAGUGUUGUUUCCGUUGUCGUUUUUACUGUUGUUGCUGUUGUCGCUGUUUUGACUGUUGUUACGGUUGUCGUUGUCACUGUUGUCGCUGUUGUUAUUUUCACUGUUGUCGUUGUCACUGUUCUCGCUGUUGUCGUUGUCACCGUUAUCGCUGUUUUCACCGUCGUCCCUGUUGUCGCUGUUGUGACUGUUGUCACCGUUGUCGCUUUUGUCGUUUUUACUGUUGUCACUGUUAAUGCUGUUAUCACUGUUGUCAGUUUUGUCGCUUGUGUCGGUGAUGUUGUUGUUACCGUUGUGGCUGUUGUCGUUGUCACUGUUGUCGCUGUUGUCACUGUUGUCACUGUUGUCGUUGUCCCCGUUGUCGCUGUUAUCACCGUUGGUACUGUUGUCACUGUUGUUGCUGUUGUCGUUGUCACUGUUGUUGGUGUUGACACUGUUGUCGCUGUUGUCGUUGUCACCGUUGUCGCUGUUGUCACUGUUAACGCCGUUCUUACUGUUGUCACUGUUUUCGCUGUUGUCACUGUUGUUACCGUUGUCGUUGUCACGGUUGUCGCUGUUGUCGUUGUCACUGUUGUCGCUGUUGUCGUUGUCACCGUUGUCGCUGUUGUCUUUGUCACCGUUGUCGCUGUUGUCGCUGUUGUCGCUGUUGUGGUUGUUGGCACUUUUGUCACUGUUGUCGCUGUUGUCUCGGUUGUCGUUGUCACUUUUGUCGCUGUUCUCACUGUUGUCACUGUUGUCGUUGUCACUGUUGUCGCUGUUGUCGUUGUCACUGUUGUCGCUGUUGUCACUGUUGGCGCUGUUGUCGCGUUUGUCAUUGUUGUCGCUGUUGUCAUUGUUACUGUUGUCGCUGUUGUCACUGUUGGCGCUGUUGUCACGUUGUCACUGUUGUCGUUGUCUCUGUUGUCGCUGUUUUCACUGUUGUCGCUGUUGUCGCGUUUGUCACUGUUGUCACUGUGGUCGUUGGUUCUGUUGUCGCUGUUGUCACUGUUGUCACUUUUGUCAUCGUUGUCACUGUGUUCACUGUUAACGCUGUUGUCACUGUUGCCGCUGUUGUCGUUGUUACUGUUGACGCUCUUUUCACCGUUUUUGCUGUUUUCACUAUUGUCGCUUUUUUCGUUGCCACCGUUGUCGCUGUUGUCACUGUUGACGCUGUUGUUACUGUUGUCGCUUUUCUUCGCCGUUGUCGCCGUUGUCGCUAUUGUCACUGUUGUCGCUUUUGUCGCCGUUGUCACUGUUGUCACUGACAGCGCUGUUGUCGUUGUCACCGUUGUCGCUGUUGUCGCAGCAACAUUGACAAGAGCCAGAACACUGUCAACAGCAAUGAGAGCGACAAGAGUGGUAAUAGUGACAACAGCGAUAGCAGCGCAACAACUACCGCAGUGACAAGAGCGACAAUAGCGAGAACAGUGACAAUAGUGAAAAGAGCGACAACAGCAACAACAGCGAUAACAGCGACAACGGCGACGACAGUAAGUUCAUCAUCAUCCUUUUACGGGUUUAAUAUGAACCAAUUCAAAGAGCUUUCCCAGUUGACUUUUUAGUUGAAAUGGUAGUGAAGUGCACCUUUAUGGCAGAGGUCAAAGGUUUGAUUCCCGUACUUGCUUGCCUUUUUUCAGGCCUUGUUUUUGCAACUGCAAAAGUUUCGUCUAUACCUGCGAUGAUCUUCUUUCAUAUAAUUCUUCACUCCGCAUUUCUCAUAUAUGGUUUUCAUAUAUUCAUAAGUUUAAAAUAUAUUUUCUUUAUUUUUACACUCAUCGUUUUGCUAUCUCCACCCGUAAAUAGCAAGAGCUAGACGAGGUGGGCGGAGUGAAAAGUUUACAGCAGUCAUAAAUAUGAAAUGAGAAGAACCUUUGAAGAUUAUAUUAAAGUAAACUAAAGAAACUAUGCGGAUGAAUAAGAAUUACAACAAACAAGCUAGAGUUAUAAAGUAGUCUUACAGACUGGAAUUACAAGACGUUUUUUUCAAGAUGAUAUGCUAUUAUUUUUUUUACUCGCUUGUUCAUAUAAUGUCCCAUUUUAAUUUGAUCACUUUUACAAGAUAGGUGGGGUGACCUGCUACAUGUUGUUUCACCUAUCUGGGGUCCACGCCCUUAGGAGGCAUGAUUGACUGCAUUUUUAAAUAGGCCAUUUUAGAGUUAUGGAUGGAAGCAAGGCUGGAGUUGACCUCGUUUUGAUAGAAGCUAUCCUACUUUAUACUGUAAAUUAAGUUAUUCUUAUACUAACUCGUAUUUUUCAAGGGCAAUUUCCAUAGCAAGUAAAGGAGGUUUGUAUCAAAACAAAGUCACCGUCAGCCUCACAGUCACUCGAAGGCUAGGGUACUUAGUCCACAACUGUAAAAUGGUCUGUUGUGAAGGUGGACUGUGUAACUUUGAUUUGUCGCAGGUACCAGGCCUCCUCCGUACUCUUGGGAGAAAUGGAACCUCAAACUUUUAGAACCAAGCAAUAUUAGGGAACUACAGGAUGACAGAACACAGUCUCUGAAAGGUAAACCAUGUCGACUGCAGCUUAGUUUUAGCAUCAAACAAAUUGACUUGCUAUCUACUCUGCUGAAAACUGAAGCUAAGGCCGGACGCAGUUAAUGGACUUCGGUUGAAAUCUUCUUUGUCGUCUUCAGUCCUCAGUUCUUUUCUUCAAAUCCAGUUCUUUCGAUCUCUCAUAAUUAUUCUCGCAAGCUUUUUGGUGGACGCGCGCUAGAACAACUAUUUGACUGCUUGUCUCCCUUUCACGGCUAAUCAGUAAUUUGUUUAAUUUCUUCAUAUCGCAAGGCUUUUGAAAAAAAGUCAGAAAUCAGUAGUCGUAUUUGUGCUUCCUUUACUUGACAGCUAAUCGUUUUCAGUUCUCUGAGGUAAUUAUGACUUUGAACAGAUGCAUUGGACCGAACUACAUGUCAAGCGAAGUUUGGGGUUCUAAAAAGCAUAGUCCUCGACACAUCAUCUCUUUAACGGAUUAGACACAAGCUAACAAUUUUUUAUCAACUAAGAAAGUAUCUUUUUAUUUUAUUAUAGCGAAUAUGUCGUUUGACUUGGAUUUGGUCCUGGAUGAAUACAGUCUCCCAGUUGGUAAAGAUAGGCGCGGUACAUUGGCAGGACAAUACUCGCCCUCAAGAAUGGGGUUAACCGUUAUUCCCUCAUUUGACAGCACUGAGGUAUUUUGGCAAGAUAAUUACCGAGAUAACGAGAAACGAAGCAAGUAUGAUCGAUCACACUACGUUAUAAAAUAGACUUUGCCAGACUUAAACACGACACACGUAGACAGCUGUUUUGUCUCUUUAAAGGUGAUGGUACACGAGACGAUUCGCAACGACUUUUUAUACUGAGCGCAACACAGCGUUGCAACAUUGUUGCGACAUUGUUUCGAAUGGUUACAACAUUGGUCCAACAUUGCAGCGCUGUUUUGUGCUUAAAAUCGUCUCGUGUAAUAUCACCUUAAGGGGCUCAAGAAAUCACUUGUUGUGAUUGUGAUUUGUUUUUUGGGGAGAGGGGGAGGGAGGGGAGUAGGGGAGAGACGAGUGACACCCAAAGAUCUCGCACCUCCCCCUCUAAAUCCCCCUCAUAACAUUAUAUACACUUUCAUUCUGUCAGGAACAGUGAUGUGGAAGUGCAAUGAUCAACGUGAUUAUUGUUUUUUUAUUUAUUUUCCACUUUUUGCAGUCACAUGAAAUCGGCCCAGGUCCCGAAUUUGAGCGCGUGGGUUUUAAUCUUCUGGGUAGAAGCCCGCUGGUGACGCAUUUUCUGAAGAUGAGGGAGCUGAUGGGCAAAGAACAACAACCCGUGCAGCCUGUAGGCCGCACUGAAGUCGCUAAGUUACAGUAUCCUUUUAAGCUUGGACGCAUUUGCUCUGUGGUACCAUGUUUGUACGGCCACGGACUAGACACACCUAGUGUAUAGUUUAAACUAACCCCUUGUGGAGGAUACCUUGAUAUUAGGGAGCUUAAGCAACGACGUCGGUGAUGGGAACGAGAACGGCAAAAUGACAAUAGGUUUAUAUUAGCGAAACAACAACUCUGCACGUGCAUCACGCAUUUUAUGUGCCUUUCUUAGCCGUCGUUGAACGACUACAACGUGAAAUUGCCAAGUUUCACGUUUUGUCGAGAACGGGAACACAAGACAACUUUCUUUUUCUUUUCUUAAACUUUGAUACAGUCUUUUAGAGUUAAACUCUAGAAGGAUUUGCCAACAUUUGACGAAUUAAUCGAGAUGGAAUGAGUGCGAUCAUAAAGUUUGAGACAGCGAGAAUUCACAUUUUAAAUGCUGUUUUCGUAGCCGUCGCCGUCGUCGUUGCUUAAGCUCGCUAUUUAACAAUUAUUCCUCGAGCCCGAAUGGGCUAUGAGUCAAUAGCCCAUGAGGCCGAAGGCUGAAUGGGCUAUUGACUCAAAGGCCAUGAGUGCGUGAGGAAUAAUUGUUUUAGAAAAAUCCAACUAGCUGGUCAAAAAUAACGAGAGUAAAAAAGAUUUAGCUUGUUAAAGCUAGACUUUAACCCUUUUUUGCCGCCAAAAAGCCCGCGCUUUUCGCUACUAGCAGGCUAUAACAUAUAGCCUAGUAAUAGCUCAACCAGUCAGAACGCAGCAUUGAUAAUAGACCACUAGUUGAAUUUUACUUAUACCUGAUAGAGGGGCGGACAUUGGGGGACUGUCAACACCGCAACACCGCAAAAAAGUUGAUGAAACACCGACAUUGCAAUUUGCAAUUCCAUCAAUCUCUGUAUCUGAUUGAAAAAGGAGGAUCUCGGAGCUGGUUCGGAUUUAGUGAAGACUCAGACUUACCUGAAUAUUCUAAGAACUCUAUUUCAGUCACGCAGAUAUAAAGAAUGCUUGGUGGCCCCUCUCCCCCCCGAUACUACCACCGGUGUGUCCGUCAAGACAAUCCCGGAAAAGCCCGCGUUUUGCUCUCCAAGGAAAAACUAGAGCACUAGAGAACUUUUAGAUGUCUUCCUCGAAACUCAAACCUUAACCUGUUCUUAGACCUGCCGCACCAACAUACAGACAAGUUAUAAAAGACUGUAAAAAGACAACUAAGACGCUGAACAACCAUUAUCAAAGGUGAAGAACUACAAGUCGUAACGAUAUGACGAUAGGGACGUUUAGAUAAGACUCCACGAGUUCGAGGUUUUAGAUCAAGUGUUUAAUAGCUAUCCUCGGAGACUCACAGGCAGCUAGUCGGGUAAUGGCAUUUUCGUGGGCAAAACUGUUAUAUACAACAUCUUUCGCCCACGAAACUCCCUUCGUUUGACUAACGAGCUGCCCCUGGGCCUCCGAGGAUGAGUGUAUUUUUGUGGCUUGGCAAUCUCUUUUCACGCCAUUCCUAUCCCUAAAAUCCCCUUUAAACUGUAUUCUUUGAUCAGAAACCGGAAAUAGUGAGAGGUCUGAGGAACACAACUUAGUUGUAUUAAAUUGUUUUAAGUUUGCUAUAAACAAUGUCACGAGGCAAAAAGGUUGGAUUUGCGUUACUUUCCUCAUCAAAAGCUGGAAAGCACAAAACUUUUAUCGUUUAGACACAAAUUUCAAAACUAGGAUUGAGUGGCGUUGACCCAGCGGAGGAGGAAGGGGUAAAUUUUUAAUCGUGAACUAGAUUAACGGUAAACAAAUCGCUGAAGCUAAAUAUCUUAUAAUUGCAGAGUCUUAGACACAUCUGAACAAGAGAGCUUGAAGAUCCAGAAACAAAAGCGAGCCGCCCUAGCGAAGCUUCAAAGGUAGGCUAUUUUUUUCGAGCUGUACCUGUUUUUCUACCCAAUGACUUAUUGCUUGAAAACUUCCUCUAACUGGUGUCUGACUUUUUGAAAGGUCGGAUCACUAGAGUGGGUUUGAAAUUAGCUCUUACCUAAUAGAGGCCGUUAAAUUUUAGGACGAGGGCGACUACGAGUACGAGAUUUGACUUGAAGUCUUUUCGCGUCUUCUCAAAAUAUACAGAGUGUUUCAAAAGUUCGUUCCGAUUUUUUAUUGGCUUAAAUUUCACCAAUUAUUAAAAAAAUACUUUUUUAAAACUUAGUAUGUUAUUCAUUAUUCAUUGAACAUUGAAUAACUAAAAUAUUAGUCACCAGAAUGUCUUCCUGUAUUUUUUCUGACAUUUUCUAAGCGGUGAGGUAUAGAAUGUACGAGCUCCCAAAGCGUGUCCAAAUUCACAUUCUUCAGGCGAAGCGUAGUCACUGUCGUAGCUUGUCCAGUGUUUUGGGGGCUGGAUCUUUGUAUGUCUCGUCUACGAUAAUUCAGAUGGUCUCUAGGGGGUUCACAUCACGUGAGUUUGCCGGCCGGUCCUCUUUUGGUAUAAAGUUGGCAAAUCCUUCUGACACCAUGCUUGCAUGAAGGGUGCACCGCCUUUUUCUCUUCAAGGUUUUCCAACCUUUUUUGGUAAUUUAUCCUCAUACCGUUGUGCUCCAAACUUUGAUCGAUAAUGUGAAAUUGAAUUUUUUUUACCUUUCUGUUUGUGGAAUUAUUACACAUACACUUACAGCUUUUUCGAUAAUGUUUCUCACGCAUUUUGUGAAAAAACGGCCAUCCACUCCUUAGUUUGUCUUCUAAGGUCUUUACAUUUGACUACUUGUUCGGUCAUCGUUCACACUUCUUGGACAAUUUGGCAAUUUUUGUUUUGACUGAAUGGCCAGAAGACCAUGAAAAUAGAUGCCUGAGCUCUAGCACAAACAUUGUAGGCCUUCAUUUUCAUGAAGGGGUAGAGAAAAUAAAAGAAAACGAUAAAAAUACCAAAAUAGAAAACCUACAAAAUGGGCAGGAAAAGUAUGGCGGGGAAAAUCCUCGCGUACAUGUACAUUUGGGGCAAAAAUUAAAAAAAAUUGUAAUUUCUUCAAAUUUUAGUUUGCAAUUGCUUUGAACGGUUAUUUAGAUAAAUUUGUUACCUGCAUCAGUUUACAUUUGCCUAAAGAAGUAUUAAAUGCUUUGCUCAAAAUACAAUUUACAAUCGGAACGAACUUUUAAAACACCCUGUAGACUUCCCGGGAAGCUUCAUUUUACCAUUUUUCACGAGACAAGUUAGCAUUGUUAUCUUUAGUGAAGGAGGUUACGCGCUCUCCCAGUCGUAAAAUGAUAAAACUUUUAACAGUUGGUAUCUUGUUUUCGCCACCACGAGAUUCGCGCGAAAACUCGUAUUAGAAUGACGACGGCUACCACGUUUUCCCGCCAAAAUAGGGACUUUAAGAUCCAAUGACGCGGACGGUAACGAGAACGUCAAAAAAGCAAUAGGUUUUAUUAGCAAAACAACAACUUUGCACGUGCACCAUGCUUUUUUGUACAUUUCUCUGCCCGUUUUUGCACGACUACGACGUGAACAUGCCUAAUAGGACAAUUGCACGAUGACGAUAUUUGACUACAACUACCACAAUUCAUUUCGGUUUUGCUUUGUUAUUUAAAUUUGUCAAUCCCGCUGAGGAUUACAGAACAAUUGCCUUAAUUUGCAUAAGAAAACAACAAACUCAAGGAUUCUGGUAGUUGUAGUCAAAUGACGUCAUCGUGCAAUUGUCCUAUUUCGCGUUUUACCGAGGACGUAAACAAGCAACGACGAAAUUUUAUUUCUCUUACUGUACUUGGAUAUGGUGCCUAGGAAUUCAACUCCAGGAGGGUUCGCUUACAUUUGACAAAGUAAGUGUGUAGGAAUAAUUGCGAUAUACACUGAAAGAACGCAAAUUCACUUUUUAAGCGACGUUCUAAUUGCCGUCGCGUCGUUGGAUCUUAAAGUCCCUAAAAUCUCGCACUCGUAGUCGCACUCGUCUUAGAAUCUAAAGGCCUCUAAUAGCUAUUUUUCUUGUUUUUUAAAGGGUUGAAACAAUGCUUCCCAAAUGCUUGACGAUCUUUUAAUUCUUCAGUUGAGAUUUCGGAUAGUUUUGGUCAAUACUAAACUCAAACGAAAUAAACCGUUAAACUUGAAGUUCUUUUGAAUGUUUUUCUCUUUGCUACUAUUCAUGCAUCGCUACAAAGUGUGGUGGAAAUAGGUAUCCUGUCCAAAAAAACUCUUUGCAAUCGUUUUAGUCGAAAAUUUCCGGAAAUUCGUAUGUUGUGCAGCAUAUUUUUCUUUUCAGUCAAGCUAACACGGGAAACAAAAUCCACCCAAACCAAACAUAUAACGAACAUACACGAAAACAAUUUAGCCAGAUAAAUGAAAAGAGUCAACAAGAACAAACAGACAGAGAAGCCACACGCAAAAUAGUCUGCGUAGCAGGGCCUUGAAAGGGGUAUCGGCUCAAGAAAAAACGGGUUGCGCGAGGGGAGCCUAGCAGUUUGACGUGUGACACAAGCUACUCACUACGAUAAUAGCAUCAACAACGGAAUUUUCUGCAGAUAUGUCGGAUUUUUGGUACUUUGUGACUUGUGCUUGAAACAUGAUUAUUACAAAAUUAAUACCAGGCUUGGAUCUCUUUUCUACUAGGUUAAAGAAUGACUUAGUGCUGAAAAAUCAAGACAUAAAAAUGAUCAACGAGAGACUUCUUGACUUAAUGGUGAGUAGCUGUUGAUGGUCAAUUGAGCCGAGAUGCUAGAAUGUUAUGCUUCAUUUAUCACCAGCACAGAACAAAGCUCAGUUAGGCUAUCCCUUUUACCAUGACUCUCCUCCUUUUAUGCAUUGAUCGGUCAGCCAACUCAUUCAGUUAUUCGAUAGGUGGGUCGUUCAGUUAGUGAAUCAAAUGGUCAAACCGUCAGCCAGCCAGUUGGUCUGUCGGUCGGUUGGUUGAUCGGUCAGUCAGUCAGUCAUCCGGUUCCUCGGUCAUUCGGUCGAUGGGUCAGACAGCCAGUCAGUGCGAAAAAAUCGUAGUUCUCGCCAGUAAAUUUCGAUUUUUUGAAUUUCUUCUUCUCAAAACGUGCAGGCUGAAAGCGUGCGCAUGUACAUGUGCAGAUAGCGGUUCUGCUGCAAUCGAAAUAGACUCGGCAAGAAAGCCUUUAUGACAUGUUUUUGUCUACACCAGCAGUAGGCGAAUCUUUGUUUACACUUUUUGCCUCAUUAACAUGUGCUUAUCACAAUCUGAUGACGCUAAUAAAAUAAAAACUCUGAAUAUUGAAAGAACGUAACAGUUUCAGUUAUCCCUGAAAAUUUGAGCCCAAAACACCGAAUGGUUUCGGAGAAAUUCUCUUCUGAAAACUCGAAAUUUUACAGAGAAUGUAUGGCUCAUUAACCUUUUUUACCAAAAUCAGCAAUUUUAACAGUUUUUGAUUGCUGAUAUUUUUUCAAUAAAACACAAAGAAAUUGAAAAUUUUGUUUUGCAAAUUGCUCAACUUAAUCAGCUCUUUCAAGUUUUGCAUUUAGUUCAUAUGUGCGGCCACGGCUUCUGUGAGUUAAGUCGUAUGCUAAUGAGGAAAAAUGUUAACAGUGACGUCAGCAAAGAUUCGCCUAUAGCUUUUUCAGUGUGAGUCUGUCCUAUCUACGGUGGUUUCAUUCAGCUAGAAAGCCGAUAACUACCUUUAUUGUUGAAUCUUUAGGCCCAGCCUGAUCAUGCGGCAACAGGGUUCCCCAAAAGUGCUUUAGAGCAAUCCUCGGAUGACGAAACGUAACGAAUGAUUUUGUUGCACAGCUGGUAAAAGGUUGCCCCAG